AUGCUGAAGCACGUGGCGGUGUCGCCGCACCGCGCGCGCGCAGACUCAGUCAGUCUGUCGUCCUCUGCCUCUUGCUGCAGCCUCGGGAGCUUGGAAAACCGACACGACUCCGUUACCGAUCUCUCACAUCGCACCACAACGAUUAAAGUGUACGCGAGAUGUUUACGGCCAGAUAUCGAAUACAAGACCCUGUCUGUCACUUGGGGGACUCGAGCGAAGGAAGUGGUGUCCACUCUUUUGGGGAAGUUCAGGAUGCGCCAUAGAGACCCCAGAUUGUUUUACCUGAGUAUGGAAGUUAGGGUCAGGGCUGCUGGUCUCAGGACCACAUUGGUACUGGAUGAUGAUGCAAGACCUGCCGCGCUCCAGGCUUGUCAUCCGAAGGGAUAUUCUAAAUUUUCCUUGCAAAUGCGUCCGGGUGGCCUCGUGAAGAUCUACGACUCGGCACUAAUGUCCUCAUCCAAGUACAAGUGUCUUCUCACCAGCGAGCGCACCACCGCUGAUGAGCUGCUGGCAAUAUUGCUACAUUGCUACGAUUCUACUGAGGGCGUGGAGAGAUUUUCGCUUUACGAGGUCUGUCCAUCGCAAGAGUAUGAGCGUAAAUUGCAUCCAGACGACCUCCCACUGAUGGUUCAACGAGCAUGGCCUCAUGACAGCGAUUGUCACUUCCGAGUGCGACGGAACCCCCGCGCACCCCCACUACCCCCACGAUCUCUCCCCCAACCCCUCCCGGAUACGGAAGAGGAGCCAUCCCGAGCUCUAUCCGCCUUAUCCUUGGAGGCUGAUGACAAAAAAUAUAAUCCAGUAUACACAUUUCCCAGUAUUAACUAUAGAGAGACUAAAAACGACUAUCUUUAUAUA